GUCCAAGCUGAACAACCGCUACUACCCACAAAACAACACCUCCUAAUCUAGAUAUUUACCUCCCCAAUCUUGAAGUGCUACCGCGCAAAGCCACUACACAUCACGUAGCAAGAAAAACAGGAGUAUAGAGCUUUUUUUAUUUUCUCCGAGCGGACUGGUUUUGUUCGAAAUCUAAAGCAAGUGUGGUAAUUUUGGCUUUUGCCUCGUCACACAAACGACCGCCGCUUUCGAGCAACCAUUUGCCAACUAACUACUCUUUUGGGUAUUUACAGAAUACUAUCACUAUCAUCUUUUGAGUAUUUACAAAAGCUCCAGUUUUGAAAAGCUCUGACCUGAUUCAGUUUUGAAAGCUCCAAGCCAUACAGCUCUGUUCUAAUCCUGCUAUUCGCUUUUGCCUAACAACAGUACAACUGCUUUCUCAGAACAAAGAACGAAACGGAUAGUGAAGCAACUUCUUUCAGUAGACUCAGCACAUUUUUUAUUCAGUACGACUUUCUUUAGCGUAAUUCAAUCCCGUACACCUUGAAUUGCCAAUUAAGUUAAGUUAACACAGAGUCGCUUUGUGACCUCGCCGUUCCUAGUCUUGCUAGUAAGAUUUUGGCUCCAGCGAACACACUGAUAUUGCUCUCACCCCGUUUCCGAAAAUAAUGGCGCGUGCCGGUUUUGCCGUCCUUGUGCAGAUCUUCCUGCAGCAGAAUCCUCGUCAAGCUCUUCUAGGGCUCGUCUCCGCGAGCCCUCGCUAUGGUCCCGCAGGAGCGCGCGGAAGCACUUCCGCAGAGCGGGCGCCGUCCUCUUCUUCGCGUCGCACGCGUUCUCCUUCGCGGCGCGCCGGGUCGGGCACACGCCGCCCCGCUGCUGCUCCCUCGGCUGCGCAUCCUGUUGGCUCGGUUGCUGAUUUGCUCAGGAUUGCGGCAACGCGGGUCGUCUUCAAGUUUCGGUACGCCGCGCACAAAGAGUGGGAAAAUAUCGUUACGCAGUGGCCCUACCGCAGCGACCGGAAGUUGCGGGUUGUGGGCGGCAAACCUAGCGUGCGGCAGCUAAGGUAUGGUCAGAAUUACAGAGAUAUCUGGGAAAGGAUGCUGGUUGAAUUUCAAACGGCGCAAACAUACGGCACCGAAGCCAUUUUCGAAACGUCCGUGGACCAACGACUUGCUAUCGGCGGGAGUAAUGUUUGGGGCGUAUUCCGCCCCGACACGUCUACGCACACCCUGAUUCAUCUUUGCAAAUCAUCUACUAACGGCACAUAUUCAAGUCGUCGCCCCCCCCUGGCUCGACUUCAAGCCGUCGACCCCCGUCUACAACAAAUUUUCCUCGAUCUUCAACAAGGCCUUCCACUUGACUUUGGCCAAAUUUUUCCGGAGAUCGCGGCCGAGCAAGCCGCCUCUAGCGACACCGACUUUGUCUCCGACGCGCUCCAGGAAAAGGUGCUUGGUGCUAUCGCUGAAUGGGAAUGGGCGACUCGUACACACUCUUUCUUCACGAUGCCCGAGUGGUAUUUGGUGACGGACUUACUGCACGAAACGCGCUUAGAAGCAACCUCUGGCGACGUGGGCGAGGACAGAGGCCUUUUGAUCGAGAAGUAUUUGGACGAUGAGGCGCCUUUCGGUGCGUCUCGCCUUUUUGAUACCCCCUUGCCAUUUGUGGAUGAACAGCGGGGCGGCAAGAAAAGAGUCGACGUCGUCAGGGACUGGAUGAAAAUGGCUCUGCACGGCGAGACGGCCCUUACCAAGCCUGGGAAAGACACUUGGGACGCUUUUGGACUCAAUGCUGAGGCAGAGGCUUAUGACGCAGAGGCAGCGGCACAGGGAGGGGGGGUUCGCGUUCAGAAUUGGAGCCAUUGGAACCCACACCGCGAAGUUGAUGUACUAUCCCACGAGCCCACAGCGCCAAUGGAGCCACAGCAACCCCGUCCGCGGGUUCGUGGUGAUUAUCUUGGCGCGCAUAACGCGCAGGACGGCGGGUAGAACCGCGACGGCACCCUGUCUGACCUCUUGCGGCAACUCGGCGCGGCGCGGUACACAAAGGCACUUGUGUGGAGCCACAUUCUGGGGGAGGUUCGCCAGAUUCUGAGAGGAGCCAAGAUGCCCCACCCGUUUGCAUCCUGCACAAGCGGAUUGAACCCUAACGAGCGCCACAGGCAGAUCCUACCUGACGCUCCGCGAUGGAAGGUAGACGAGGUCGGAAAGCGGCUUGGAAUGCCCGAGCGCGCACUGGCCGACUUUCAGCAUGCCGGACAAAAUCACCGAGGGAUGGGAGCGCGAGAGAUGGCACCGCGGGACGGUACAGCGGCUCCACCAGAUGUACGACCAUAGAAACCGUACCGAACCGCAGCAGCUGUAAAUAAGUAGCUGCCGCCCACUGCAGUGGUCGCUCUGCUCGGCAACCACGACAAUGAAUUCGAGAGUCAGUUGAGAAGAAGUUAAUGUACUGGGCCCACGGGUGGAGCUUGAAGUACUGGACUCAAGGAUGGACUGAGCUUGAAGUCCUGAAAGAAGUGGAAGUACUGGGCUUCAGGCUGCACCUGAUAAAAACGAAGACAGACUACCAGAUAGCGCAACUUCGUAAAGUAUGUAUGAUCUUUAACCGCCCGAAGAACUACCGCAACUAGCACCUAAUGCACGCAGUUAAGCUGCACUUGCACUUUAAAAAGAGGAGUCACUUUCCUAAUUUUCCUCCUCGGGAACUUUGAUAAAUCGACGUCCGACUGGUCGCGCCAUCUAUUCAUUGAAGUAGAAAAUAAAGUUCGCCGCCGUCCAGCACGCAGGCAACCGGCCACGAAGAAGGACAACCUCUGUUGAUUCUCCUGGCGACAGUUGCACUUUGCGAGCCAUGAAAACCUCAGGGACGGGCCCUUCUCGGGCCUUGGAAGUACAGUUUUAGAGGCACUCCCCCUUGAACUUGUAAAAUAUCACUUGAGAUGUAAGAUUCACACUCAGAGAAACAUUCCCGGAUUCAGUCCUCGAGGAGAAGCACAUCUGUGCGGACCUGUUCAAUUUCCAGUAGGCCACUAAGUAGCACUACCCACCUUGUAACACAUUACUUGAAAAAGUUGAAAACUCAGAGAAACAUUCCCGGACUGCCCUCGAGGGGAAGCACUUCUGUGCGAACCUGUUGAAAUGCAUGUAUGAUAACUCGCAGCAAAACUAAAACUAAACAAGAGGCGUUGUAUGAUUCUUUCGAGCAAUGUGGACCUGUAGGAUGAAAAUGAUUAUGCGAGGCUGGAGCAAAUGAAAAAGCUGUGCAACCUUCUCUUUUCCCGCAUCACAGAUUCGCUGUUCUACGUCGUCGCAGUUUUGUGGAUGAGAGUCUUGUCCUUUCUUUCUUGGACCGUAAAAGGGAUUAUCUAUUUCUCCAGCAAUUGCGCGAGGCUGAACUUGGUUGCAACGCCCCUGGUAAGAUCCGG